GCUCUCUGGAGCUGGGAAGCAAGUAAAGGGGGGCGGGCCUUCCGGGGACGCGCGUGCGCGAGGUCAGGAGCAGGAAUCCUGUUCCCUACUGGUGAAGAAAUGUCUCCGCUUUCGGAGUAUGCACUGCGCAUGUCUCGUCUGAGUGCCCGGAUCUUUGGUGAAGUGGCCAGGUCUACUGACUCAAAGUCCAUGAAAGUGGUGAGCCUGUUUAGCGAGCAGCCCUUGGCCAAGAAGAAAGAGACUUAUGACUGGUAUCCAAAUCACAACACGUAUUUUGCGCUCAUGGGCAACCUCCGUUUCCUUGGCCUUUACAGAGAUGAGCAUCAGGACUUUAAGGAUGAGCAACGACGUCUAAAGAAGCUCCGUGGGAAGGGGAAACCGAGGAAAGGAGAAGGGAAGAGAGCUACAAAAAAGAAAUAGCAUCAGCUCAUCAAGAAAGCAAAUGCCUUCCUCAGUGACUAAGAAAGUGCAUCUCAUUAUCUUCCCGAGUAUUAGAGGAACAUGACUUCCCUCAGUAGACGCCAACCCUGUGUUCACGUUUUACUUCAGUUAAGCUGUGACUGGUUUCUUGAAGAUAAUAUUCUAAUCCUUCAAAAUUAUAAUGACCUUGGUUUUGUAAUCUGAAGCAUACCUAAUUCUAUAAUGGAGUGAAUAAACUAUUGUUGACUGAUGUGUUUAAGAUUGGAAUGGCUGUUAGGAUUGGAGCUGGAGAACCUCCCUAAAUGAAUGUCCUGUGCUUUCUUUAUUCCUCCAUUGCAUCCCGACCCAACCCUAACCUUGCCUCUCUCUGACCAGUGAGCCUUUGUAUUCACCAUUAAGCUUGCUCUUUAGAAGGUGCUUAACUGGGAUUAAAGGUUUUCUGGGACAGGGAGUAUUGAAUGCCUUGUGUAUACAAGGUAUUGGAGUUUAGUAAUAGAGUGGUUAAAAAGGAAAAACAGUUUUUAGCUCAUGGAACUUUAGGCUUUGUAGAAGAGGCUAAUAUAAAUACAUAUAUAUUUAACAUAGUUAUAAUUGUGUUGUAUUACAAUAAUAAUAAAUGCUAUAAAGGGAAAAAA